CUCGGACAUCACAAGACAUCGCAAGACCAUACGCCGUGCCCGGACUCUGCUUCAGAGGCGAUGACCUCGGCCGAGCCGGAGGCGGAGGAGGUGAUCCAGGCCGACACGAAGGUGGCAGGCGAUGCAGGCGCCGAAAUCGCCACCGUGGAGGCACCGGAGGUAGUGGAAGAGGCCACGCAAGGGCCCAAAGCGGAGGACCUUUUCUUGCUGGCGAGGCAGCAAAACUUCGAGGUGGCCCUGAAGCUCCUUGAGGCCUAUCCGGACUUUUGGCACUGCCAAGAUGAGGAUGGCCACUCGUUGAUGCAUUGGGCAGCCUUGGUGGGCAACAAGGACUUCGUCAAAGCUGCAUUGGCUCAGAAGCUUCCAGUGGACUCGGUCGCCAAGAACCAGCAGACGCCACUGAUGUGGGCGGUGCUGCGCGGGCACGUGCCAGUGGCGCGCACUUUGCUGGCUGCUAAGGCCUCGCUGGCGGUCAAGGACUCGCUGGGCGCCACGGCGCUGAUGAUCGCCGUGCAGCACAAGGCGUAUCCCAGCAUUUUGCUCCUCAUGCACCGGGGCAGCCACAUGCAAGCUCAGAUGCUGGCAGAAGGCGACAAGAACGGCUGCACGGCCGUACACUGGGCAGCCUACAAGGGCGACCUCACAGCGCUGAAGUUGCUUCACUACUUCAAGGCAGAUCUGCAGGUGCUGGACAACGCCAAGAUGCUGCCGCUGCACCGGGCGGUUUGCGCGGCCCAGACCGCCGUGGUGGAGUUUUUGGUGGAACAGAAAUCGGAUCCGCAGGCGCGGAAUCAUGAGGGGAAGUCCUGCUUGGACAUUGCAGCGGAGAAGCAUGACGUGCACAUGCAGGCCCUUUUGAAGCGCUUGGUUUCCAAGGUGCCGGCAGACCCCUUCGCAGGUGGCAAGGUGGAGCCUGAGGAUGUGGAAGCAGGGAAGGAUAAGGCAGAGAAGAGCGGGAAGAAGAGCUUCUUCAAGGGCCUUAUGCAGGACAAAACGGCGCAUAAGAUCUUCCCUGUGUUUUGGCUGGUGUGUGUCUCUUUGGCGGUCUUCCAAUAUCUCAUGGACCUCCGGCUCACCAGCUAUGAGGUGGCGCCCAGCACGGCGUUUUUGUUCGAAGUUUUGGUGCCGAUCUCCUUGGGCAUUUUCUCUUUCGUCGCCUUGGGCGAUCCUGGCAAGGUCCCGGCUCGUCCUCAAGGGAACUCUGGCGUAGAGGAGCUCAUGAAAGCUUUGGACACAGAUGCAGCAGACAACGAUCCGCCGGACGUGAACCGCCUUUGCACCACCACCUGGGUGCUGAAAGGGCUCCGCACGAAAUACUGCGUGCAGACUGGCGCCUGUGUGGAGGAGUUCGAUCACUACUGCGUUUGGCUCAACAACACCAUCGGAAAGGCAAACCACCGGCAGUUUGUGGGCUUGGCCGUGGUGGAGUUCCUCACCCAGGUGACCCACAUCCGCCUUUGUUUGCUGAUGGCAUCCACUUUGGUACCCUACCAAUCCUUCACGCAGUUCGUUUGGGGUGUCCUCACUGGAUAUCCUUUGCUCACCCUCAUCGUCUUAGUCCAUUGCAUCACUGCACCCUGGGUCUUCAUGUUGACGCUUCAUCAAGCUCGACUGGUCAUGAUGAACCUGACCACCAACGAGAUGAUGAACAUGCACAGGUACGAGCACUUCUGGGUAGUCAGGACUAUGGUGACAGGUCAUGCGCACAAGACUUUCCGGAAUCCUUUUAACAAGGUGACACGCAUUGUCGCGCGAAAGGGUUGCGUUUCGUGGUGCCUCGUCGGCAUUACCCCCGUCCGCGAUAAUUCUAACCAAGAGAGAAGGAGAGGGAGACGAGAAAAUGAGUCAAAGAGAUGUGCAAAUCGGAAGAUGCGCGUGUCAGGAUAUGCGGGGACGUGCAGAUGUAAAGAUAUGCGGGUGUGCAAUAUGAGCAGAUGUGAAGAUGCGCGUAACUGGGUAUGUGCGGAUGCAAGUUGCGAUGAUAUGUAAUGUUCACUGUUUUGUUCCUGUUUUUUAGAAGAACCCUUCGCUCAGGCGCUCUCGGGGAAAGAUUCACACAUGAAAGAAACAAUAUGAUUGACUUCGAGUGAUCCCGACCAUGGCAACGGGUCCGGCGGUGUCCACUUGAGAAUGUGGGCCCGACAUCUUCUGUCAUCAUUUCUGGCAUUCUACGAGGCAUAUUUCGCAUCUUGUGUAACAUUCCAUAUCAUUGGGCAUCUAUUGUGAGAUUCUAGUUGGCACCUAUUUUGGCAUUCUAUUUGGCAUACAUUGUGGCAUUCCUUAUGACAUCGCGUGGUGCCCAGGACAAGGAGGGAAGGAAGGGAGGGAGGAAGGAAGGAAGGAAGGAAGGAACGAAGAGGAGUUGAGAGCUGAAAGAAAAUCUAACAACCCUCACUUGGUGGGGAACCACUAAAUACUAAAGGCCUUAACGAAGCAAAACAUGUUCGGGUCCGCCUAGGGCAGUGCUUGGAAGAACUGCUUGGACUUCUGGUGGUAUCGGAGACGUGGAGACGUCGGGGCUGCUGGUGCCAAGUGAUUUGCGCUGUCGAUGUGGUUGGUUUUCGGCUGGUGCCCCCAGUAACGGGAGAACUCGGAAUCCAGCAAGUUUUUGCGUCUUUGGGACGAUGCUCGGUUGUAAGCGAAUAUUAAUAUGCAGCAGAAAUGUUAACGUAUAUUGUUUCCUAGGUCGAAAUGUUGAACACUACUCCUUGUACCGUCCUUGCAAUCAAACCUUGCCCUUAGCCGUUACCCUCUGGGGCCUCCGCAGUUUCAGCAGCGAAGGAGCACCACGGAGGGGGAACCUUUUUCAGAGUUUGAAACCCAUUUCAGAGUUUCGGUGCAGCUGAGGUGGUGGAACAAGUUGACUGCUGUUCCCAUGGCUGCAGCCACAGCCACUGAAGGGAAGCCAGGUGGGCUGAGUGUUGCCCUAGAGUUUUGGAUGCUUGGACAAAAGGUUGUGUGUUCUCGCCUGUGAUGAUCAGUCGCACCCCUAUCAGGAGCUGCUCAGCUGCUGUGCGAGGGGAAAUCCUGCAACAGAGCAGUAGAUCAACUGUGCUUCCAUCAAGAGACGUGCGAUUCUGUUCAAAAACAUGCCUGUGUUUGUCGGCAACUGUGGGUUCCAACACAUUUGAGGAAGGAUCCACUUUCGUUCUUCUUAAACUUACAGGCCUGCCAAUUCAUUCUGCACUUUACAGACCAAAGCAACGAACACAUGGGCCACGUACUCCCAGGGUCUAUCUCCCUAUUUGGGUCUAUGUUCUUGGCUUGUUAGUUGGACAUUGAAGGCUUUGUCGGAGAAUUCCUUCGUCUCGUCUUGGCGGUUGGUUUCACCUGAACGAAUUUCAUGCAGUGCCGGCCCAAUGCGAGCGACGUUUGGCCUCCCAGCGAAGGAACAACCAACACCGAUUCCAAAAGUUAGAACCCAUUCAAAGCUGAGGAUUCACUGGGAGUGCAUCAAGUGGGUUUCAAUCCUAGAAUGAAGAUCCAUUCAGCCCGUUGUUUGGAGCUUGGGCUCCUUUUAGACCCUCAACGGAUCAAGGAAUUCGCUGAGGUUACUUUGCCAAGUUAGCUCAAGCUGAAUAGGAGGAACUCCACAUUAGGGAUGGGGAAGUUACCGGUG